CACCUCUUAUGCUCCCACAACCUCCGCGAGCCCCCAUCUAACACGCCCGCCCGCGCCGACGCAUCCUCUCUCUCGCGCCCGCACAAUCAGCCAUGAUACACCUCAGAUAACGGCCCCUUUCUGCAAGAGAUGGAGCCUGCGAACGCCCAGGACGCGCGCGUCGAGGCGCUGUGGGCGACGUUGGACACGAAGAAGCAGGGGCAUAUCGAUCUGGCUGGGCUCAAGAGAGGCCUGCGGAAGCUCGAUCAUCCCCUCAAGAACGCGGAUCAUCUGCUCGUGGAUGUUCUUAAGACGGUAGACACGGAUGGCGACGGGAAUAUCCAGUACAAUGAAUUCCGGUCCUUCGUGAAGCAGACAGAGAAGGAGCUGUGGCAUCUCUUCCGGAGCAUUGAUCAUAAUGGCGACGGCAAGCUGUCUAAGGACGAGCUAAAAGCCGCCUUUUCGCAGGCCGGCUUGGCCGUGCCCAACUCGAAGCUCGACGCUUUUUUCGACGAAGUAGACACAAAUCGCGACGGAUGCAUAAGCUUCGAGGAAUGGCGCGACUUUUUACUUUUCAUACCAGCCACCGCACCCAACCUAAAAUCGGUACUCUCUUACUUUUCAUCUACCUUGAAGGUGAACUUGGAGGGUGACGUGCAGAUUAGCGACGACACUGUUACAGGCUUAGGUACAAUACCGUUCUUUCUUAACCUUCUCUUUGGCUCCAUCAUCUCCAUCGCAAAGACACCACCGCAACGCAUACAUCCCCCGUUCGACUCACCAGAUAUGUACGAAUCGUACGAAGCUUCGCAUCUCUCCACCUUCCCGCUGGAUGUCAAGCCUUUCCCGACCGAAGUGGACUCACCAGCGGAAUAUCCUCCCGUCAUCUCGCAGGCCGCAUGGACGUGGGACUACUUGUGGCAAUCGCUGAUCUCGUGUGUCCCGAAUCCAGGUUACUUUGUGGCGGGAGGCCUAGCUGGCAUCGUCUCGCGCACCGCAACUGCUCCUCUCGACAGGCUCAAGGUCUAUCUCAUCGCGCAGACCGGCGUCGCGCAAGAAGCUGUCCAUGCGGCCAAAUCGGGCGCCAUCGUGAAGGCCGCCCAGAAUUCCUGGCGACCAUUGGCAAAUGCGACCAAGGAACUGUGGGCCGCUGGCGGCAUUAGGAGUCUCUACGCAGGAAAUGGCUUGAACGUCGUGAAGGUCAUGCCCGAGUCGGCCAUCAAAUUCGGCUCUUACGAGGCGGCCAAGCGUGUCUUCGCUAGGUUCGAAGGUCACACCGAUCCCAGCCAGAUCCAUUCGUGGUCGAAAUUCUUCGCCGGUGGUGUCGCAGGCAUGGUCUCACAAUUCGCUGUGUAUCCCCUCGACACCGUGAAAUUCCGAAUGCAAUGCGACACGGUCGCAGGCGGCCUUCGCGGCAACGCGCUCAUCAUCGACACCUCCCUGAAGAUGUGGCGCACCGGCGGCAUCCCCGCCUUCUAUCGCGGUCUCCCCAUGGGCCUCUUCGGCAUCUUCCCUUACGCCGCCCUCGAUCUCGGCACCUUCGAGUACCUCAAGCGCGCCAUGGCAAGCCGCAACGCCCGCAUACGCGGCUGCCACGAGGACGAUGCUCAGCCCGGCGGUUUCAUGACAGCAGCAAUGGGUGCCUUCAGCGGCGCGUUCGGAGCUUCCGCUGUCUAUCCUCUCAACCUCCUCCGAACCCGACUGCAGAGCCAGGGCACCGUCUUACAUCCACGCACCUACACCGGCAUCAUGGACGUCACGCGCCAGACCAUCAAAGGCGAGGGCGUUCGGGGCUUGUUCAAGGGUCUUACGCCGAAUCUUCUCAAGGUCGUACCAGCUGUGUCGAUCACAUACGUCGUAUACGAUAAGAGCAAGAAGGCGUUGAAGCUGCGGUGAUUGCGGGAAGAAGUGGGCAUACUUCUCCGGUCACACUUCUCCGGUUUUUUUAGGGGUUCUUUACACUUGUUCAUAGCUUGGGCACUUGCAUGCAGCGUGGCGUUUGAUUAUGGGCCACUCCCCCUGAUGGAUCAGGAUAGUCCCGGGUUGGGGAGUUUGAAAUACCUAUGUGGCGGGCUGCUUUUAGAAUACCUGGGUAGUGAAUCACACCACAGUUCGAUUGUAAUCAGUCCAUGUGCACUAUGCCACUAUGUGGGGGCUUCAAUACGUGGUGGACUGGAUCACUACAGUACUAGAAACUUGGUCUGUGUACGCUCUUCUGAUACUGUCGGUAUGGCUUCAAAGCACCUUGAAUAUAAACCAUAUGUGAGCG